UUUGUUCGGGGAAACAAGAAAAAAGAGGGAGGGAAAAUUAGGGCUUCCAAAACAAACGGAAUGUGUACAUGCAUGCACCGGGGCGGUUGGGAAAAAAUUAACAUUCACCAAAAAGGGAGGGCAAAGCAUAUAUAGGGGUCUUAUACAGGUCGGAAAUUGAGCCUCGCGGCUCGCACACCACAUACUCGUUGAUUCGAUUUGGGCCUUGCCUUGUUAUGGAGAUGCAUGUAUUGAUGAUGGGUCAUGAGUGCGUCUCUCUGCUUUUUAUCUUUGUUUCUUUCUUAUACCAUUCUCUGUUAUGGGGACCUGUGUUUUCAUCCUCUUUUACAUUUACCCUUCUGUCUGAUCUUACUAUCAUUGUCUUAUUGCUUGAUUGGUUGCUCUUUGGAUGGAUGGGAGCAUUGCUUGGAUUUGUACUUGGAACUGGACUUGGACUUGGCUUGUUAUGGACUAGGAACUUAUUGGAUGGGCAUGGAACUUGGAUGGAUAUAUGGAAGGAUAGGAUCUGUGUACUAUUUGUAUAUACCAUUCUGCAACAUACUAGUUAGUCUCUUGACUAAUCGAUCGAUAUCAUUCUGAUCAUAUACUAUUCAGAUGUCGUAUGUCUAGCCUUGUA